CUUUAUUCCACCCUCGAGUCGACACAGAAAAACCAGUGUUACUCUGACCUUCAUUAUCUCAAGAACUACACAUUACAUAAGGUCAAUAUAUACUGGAUAUUGGUGGUUAUUGAAACGUACGCUGAGGACGCAGAUAGUCGUCACAGCGCAUGAGCGGCCCGGCCAGUCCAAGCGUCGCCUGCAGUCGACACGCACGCCGACGCGCACCCAUGCAACGUCGCGACACCCCAAACCAAGGGUUUAAACCCCGCUAUGUACAACUUUAUAACUAAACAUAUCUGUUUAUAGUGCGUGGGAAUUACAGUGACUUGACUUUACUAUUAAAACUUGUGAAGAUGAGACAAAACGACGAUCUCCCCGAAAGGAUAGCCCAAUUCAAGGCUGAUCCUGAAAAACUACGACAGGCCAAUGAGUUUGUAGACCAACUUAUACAGCAAGCUAAAAAAGAGGCAGAGCUUAAACAAAAACAGAAAGAGCGAAGUAAAUUCGAAUCACAAGACACGGACUCUGGUAACCUGAAGCGGCGGUUAGGCCGCGCGCGGGGCCUCGUCCUUCGCAUGUUCGACGCCCUCUGCAAUUGCACACAAACCGCUGCGGCUGCCGCCCGCACUACCGCCCGCAACAACCCGUUCACUAAACGCUAAUCAUGUUACUUGAACAGCUGGCCCGCACGCGGGGCCUCUUGAUCCAUAUAUUUCGAGCUCUUCAACUGCACGGAGACCGCUGCGGCCCCCGCCUGCACUACCGCCCGCAACAACCCGUUCACUAAACGCUAAUCAUGUUACUUGAACAGCUGGCCCGCACGCGGGGCCUCUUGAUCCAUAUAUUUCGAGCUCUUCAACUGCACGGAGACCGCUGCGGCCCCCGCCUGCACUACCGCCCGCAACAACCCGUUCACUAAACGCUAAUCAUGUUACUUGAACAGCUGGCCCGCACGCGGGGCCUCGUGAUCCAUAUAUUUUGAGCUCUUCAACUGCACGGCGACUGCUGCGGCCCCCGCCUGCACUACCGCCCGCAACAACCCGUUCACUAAACGCUAAUCAUGUUACUUGAACAGCUGGCCCGCACGCGGGGCCUCGUGAUCCAUAUAUUCCGAGCUCUUCAACUGCACGGAGACUGCUGCGGCCCCCGCCCGCACUACCGCCCAUAACAACCCGUUCACUAAACGCUAAUCAUGUUACUUGAACAGCUGGCCCGCACGCGGGGCCUCGUAAUCCGUAUGUUC